UUCGAGAUGCCAUCAUGGGUCGCAAGGUUACCAGAUCAAGUCGGCUACCCUGCUGGUGGGUCUCUCACUUCAGAUGAAUGGAAGGGUCUUGCACUCGUUUUCAGGCCAAUUGUGGUACAUCAAUCGGGUAUCCCUCUUAUUUGGGAUGAAUGGUAUCUCAAGAACAAAAAAGCACAUGACGCGAGCCUAGCAAACUGGGAAAAACGCGAAGCUGAUCACAUCAAAAGGAACAUGACCGGUAAGGCAAAGAAGGGCGAUGAAAAAGUGAGUGAAAAACCAGUCAUGCAGAUGCAUGAGAACAGCGGAAGUAAUUUCCUUAAUCUUGCUGCUGCAUUGAAAAUCAUCCUUGGCAAGCAGAUUCAUCCAAAAGAUGUGAAGCCAAUGCACCAUUGGGUGACGCAUAUAUUUGAUCAACUGUGUGAUUAUGGGCCAGUAUAUGGAUUCUGGACGUUCCUCUUCGAAAGGCUCAACAAACUACUCAAGAGCUACUCUACAAAUAACCAUGGUGCUGGUGAACUCGAGGUUGGCUUCUUCUGCGCUUUCGAGAAGGAUCGAGAGCUUCAAACAAUGGUUUGUGUUGUUCAAAUUGUCAAUGAAUCGAGCUCACGUUGUGUCUCUAGCUUGGUAACAUAUUAG